GGGGGAAGAGCUUCAGUGGCUGCAGAGAGGGAGGGAGAGAAAAGGCGAGCGGGCGCGGGGGGGGGGUCCCUUUCUACAGCGGGAGGGGGGCCGCCAGCGCCGAAGAAGAACCAGCAAAGUUUGCAGCGCGCCCCGCAAUCCGAGGCCCCGGCCGGCUCAGCAGCCCCCUGCCGGAGCGCGUUUUUUUUCUCCUUUUUGCAGCGCGGGGGGGACCUCGGGACUGCCGGCCCCCCCUCCUCCUUUCCCUCCCCCCCCAGGGGUGAAAGUGCAAGAGGAAGUACAGCCGCUGCCAUCUUUCCUCCGCUCCAAACACACACACACACACACCGAGGGAGGGGGACGGGCGGGCGGACGGAGCGGUGCCGGCAGCCCCCGAAAACUUCCCACCGACGGCGGCCAAGAGAAAAAGACAGCACGAGCCACCACCGACGCCGCUUCCUCGUCGUCCAGCAUCACCGGCGGCAUCGACAGCAGCUUCCUCGGCGGUCCCGCUCCCGCUGCAGCGCCUCGUGGCGGCCGCGAAGGAACUCGCCUGGGGGGAGAGGCGAAAAGGGGCUGCCUGCCUGCCUGCCCGCCCGCCGCGGCUGCUUCUGCUCCUGCGGCCUCUGGGCGCUCUCUCUCUCUCCCCCCCGCCGUCGGCCUUUUGUUCUUCCUGCCUUCGCUUUCUCUUCCAGUCUUGCAAUUGUAUUUGGGAUUUGCAUUGCAACAACCCCCGCACGGGGCCGCCUUCAUCUCCAUCUCCUCCUCCUCCGGUUCCUGGGCGCGCUCGCGCACACACGGCGCCGUCGGGGCCCGGGGAUUUUCUGGAAGGCGCGAGGCGGAGCGCGUGCGCCAUUCUGGUUCCCCCCCUCCCUUUUCUUUUUGCAUUCCGCCCAUCCUCUCCCUCCUCCUCCCCCGCUUGACGGGCGCGCGCACCAGCCCCCUCGACGGGAGCGCGUGAACGCAGCAGCCGAGGAACGAGAGGACGCGCUCCCUCUGCCGGCCGUUCCUGCUGCUGCAGGCGCAGGAAGGUAAGGCGAGCCUCCAGCAGCAGCAGCCCCGAUGGAGCGGGUGAACGAGGCGGCCGCAGCAGCAGCCGCCGCCGCUGCAGCCGCCGCCAGUGCCAACGCGUGCGGCCCGUCCCCACCGGGCUGCUACACGUACCAGGUGAGCCGGCACAGCGCCGACCUUCUGCACAACCUGAACCAGCAGCGCAAGAACGGCGGGCGCUUCUGCGACGUGCUUCUCCGCGUCGGCGACGAGAGCUUCCCCGCGCACCGCGCCGUCCUGGCUGCCUGCAGCGAGUACUUCGAGUCGGUCUUCAGCGCGCAGGGACUGAGUGGAGGCGUUGAGGGCGCCGGAGGUACAGGAGCCGCCGGGGCGCCGGACGGGGGCGCAGCUGAGGCGACCGGCGCUGGAGGGGGCGGCCCCGGGGGCGGGGGCGGCCCCGGCGGGGUGGGCCGGGAGCUGGAGAUGCACACCAUCAGCUCCAAGGUCUUCGGAGACAUCCUGGACUUUGCCUACACCUCACGGAUUGUGGUGCGCCUAGAGAGCUUCCCAGAGCUCAUGACAGCCGCCAAGUUCCUUCUCAUGCGCUCUGUCAUCGAUAUCUGCCAGGAGGUCAUCAAGCAGUCCAACGUCCAGAUUCUGGUCCCUCCAGCCACCCGCCCAGACAUCAUGCUCUUCCGUCCUGGCGCGGGCACCACUGACCUGGGCUUCCCGCUUGACAUGACCAACGGCACUGGGUUGGCCCCCAAUGGCAAUGGAAUCGCUGGCAUGCCCGAGGAUGAAGCCACUCGGGCUGCCCUCUCCGCCGCUGCCCAGUCUUCCUUGCCCGUCUUGCAGGGGGUGGACCGUCUUCCCAUGGUGGCCGGGCCUCUCUCGCCACCCCUCCUGGCUUCGCCCUUCCAAAACGUUGGCACUGGCGCCCCCUCUCUGAGCAGCAAGCGGGGUCGGGGGCGUCCCCGCAAGGCCAACCUGCUGGACUCCAUGAUGUUCAGUGCCCCGGGGGGUCUGAGGGACGCUGGCAUCCUUCCCUGUGGCCUGUGCGGGAAAGUCUUCACAGAUGCCAACCGCCUCCGCCAGCACGAAGCCCAGCAUGGCGUCACCAGCUUGCAGCUGGGCUACAUCGACCUCCCACCCCCCAGGCUGGGCGAGAAUGGGAUCCCCGGGCUGGAUGACACGGCCGCCCCCCGCAAGCGGAGCCGGACAAGGAAGCAGGUGGCUUGCGAGAUCUGCGGGAAGAUCUUCCGGGACGUUUACCACCUGAAUCGGCACAAGCUGUCACAUUCUGGCGAGAAGCCCUACUCAUGCCCUGUGUGCGGGCUGCGGUUCAAGAGGAAGGACCGGAUGUCCUAUCACGUCCGGUCCCACGAUGGGUCGGUGGGGAAGCCUUACAUUUGCCAGAGCUGCGGAAAAGGUUUCUCUAGGUAAGAGGGGGGUGUCCCUGGGGUCAUGGGUUUGGAAUUCAAAAAGACUUUCCAGACGUUGGCGGCUGGUGUGACAGUUAGCUGACACCCACAAAGAUCUGGACAGAAACUGGAACGUUGCAGAUCACAGGUCCAUCAGCAGAUGUCCUCCUGCAGAUGUUCGGAUUGUAUACUAACCUGAGCAUCAUGCUGAUGGGAGCUGCAGUCUGAAACAUCUGGAGGGCACCCUGCUGUGGGGUGCAGUUCUAGGUGGAACUUUGUGAGGAGUGGAGGCUAAAGGUAAGAGCCACCAUUGCACAGGUGUGCCCAGGUUCUGCAGUAAACAUAGUGUGGGUGAUGGAAGGACAGAACACCUGUUGGGGAGAUGCAGAGAGUCCCAGGUAUAUUGUCCCCCGCGUGCUCGGAGAGGGCUGUUUGUAGUGGCAAAAGACCGCCUCUGCUGGCUGCCACAUAAGAUGCAAAUCAGCACCAUCCAUUUAAAGCAUAUUGAGCAUAUAUUUUGAGCACAUGACUUUAGUGAAUCCUGGGAACUGAAGUUUCCCUUCGCAGGGCUACCAUUGCCAGCACCCUCAACAAACUGCAGUUCCCAGGAUUCUUCAGGGGGAGUCAUGUGCUUCAAAUGUACAUAGAAUGUGCUUUCAGGGAAUAGUGUGGAACUUCUCAAAGUGACUUAACAGCAUGCGCAUGUUGAUACAGAAGUGAAUCCCGCAAGACUCAGGACUGAAUUUGCUUAGCUUAGUGUGCACAGGGAUGCAGCCUUACUAGGAAGUAAUUCAGUAGGGCUUACUUCUGAGUAAUUUGGCUCCAGGCUGCACUAGGGAGCACAUGGUAGGCCAGGCAGUGGGAGCAUUCUCCCCAGAGCUUGGAUCUCAAAGGUUCUCUUUAUGAGAGUGACCUGGACUUCAAAUUCUCCACCUUCGUGUCCUGAGCAUUUUCUGAUACUCACAUUGGUGGAGUUUGGAUGGCUUACUUGAGAGAAAUAGAACGCUGUUCUUGAAUUACAGGGCAUGGAUGUAAGUAUUGUUGAGUGUGCUUGCAGAAAGCAUCUGGAAUCAGAUCAGUACAUGUGUGUUGAUCUCGAAGGAGAGGGCAGCUUCGUUGGUCGAAGAUGGAUUCACACGACUGUGUGGCUUGCACUACAGCGUGGUGUUCUCUGUCCAUAUGAGUGACUGCGAAUCAAAGCAGGUCUCCAUAAUUCAGGAAAUCACGUUUGUUUAAAGAGGUUGUGACAACCUAAAGACUGGUGGAAUCCUUCACAAAAAUCGCUAUUGUGGUGAUGGAGAAUGCAUGGGGAGAAUCAAUUUUUGCUUAGACAACUAUGAUGACUCCGCUCUUAAUUUCCCCUUUUGGGUAGGAAUGUCACAAAAUAGCCCAGGAUUUGCACCUACUUCAAUAUUCCUCUGGUUUUGCAUAAGAUCCUGCUUCGUUUGCACUCCUAAAGAUACCACUGACCAAGGCAAACUUCAUCAGCCUGGUGCGCUGUAGAUAUUUCUGGGCUACGACUUGCAUCAGCCCUAGCCAGUGCAAACACGCUGCCAUCAACCCCAGCAUCUGGCUGUGGUGCCUGGGGCUGAUGGGAGCUGUAGACCAAAACAUCUGAAGAGGUACCUGUUUUGUUUCUGGCUAUAGUUCAAUAAUCACUUCUACAGAUGGACCUGAACUGUUGUUUAAUUAAAAGAUCAGCAGACAAAACUUGCAGUGGCAGCAUUUUGCUUAAGAUAACUUCAGGUGUAAGCAAAAGGUUGUGUUUCCCCCCACUGAAACUGGACUGACACUUAAAAAAAUCAAAACCCAUAACUCUUUUUAUGAUCUUUAAGGUUCGGAGAUUACUAUUAUUAUGUUUGAUUAAUUAAUCGCCUUCUAAACCAUCAUCUCAAGGCGAUCUGCAUUUAAGAUAAUUAAAAACAGUUAAAAACACAGAACAGCAGAUAAGAACAAGACUAAUACUCUAACAUAAAAAGAACCCUCCUGGGUUGUCCUGUUCUCACAUAUCCUUCUGGGAAGCCACUAUCCCAUUUGUGAUUCCCAGCAAGUGGCAUUCAGAGGCAUACAGAAGUAAUAGAAUCACAGAAUUGUAGAGUUGGAAGUAACCCUGAAGAUCUAGUCCAACCCCUGCAGUACAGGAAUAUGUACCGGUAGUUGUCCCACACAGGCCGUGCUUUUUCCCCAGGGGGUAUUCAAUAGUAUGCAGUAUCAGCACAUCUUUUUAAUUGUUAAAAAGUGUGGCACUUUUUCUACAAUAAAAAAAAAACAGUGCACAGGGAUCAAACCUGAAACCUUGACAUUAUUAGCACCUUGCUCUAACUAAAGGAGCGUUUUCCGUUGGGUGGAUUUAAAAGUAAAGAUUGAUCUAUGCCUUAACCACUUGGGGCACAAAAUGUUGACAGGCGUUUUGCUGAAUCAACCAGGUGUGCACACUGAUUUGGGCUGCAACUCUCAACCUGCCUUCUUCCAUUGAACCCAGUGAAGUUUCCUGGUGACCAAGUAAACAUAGGAGUGAGUGGAACUCCAGCCCUAAAUGCACUUUCUGUGAAACAAAUCGCAGUGAGUUCAGGAGAACUGAUUAACAUUGUACACAGGUUGUACGUUGACAAUAAAGGCAUUAUUAUUAUUAUUAUUAUUAUCAUCAUUAUCAUCAUCAUCAUCAUUAUUAACCAGAGGUUCUUGGGAUCAUACCCACAGGCUGGAAGUAAAUUCAUUUGAUACAAAUGGAAGUUACUUUUGAGUAAAUAUGGUUAAGAUCGGGGUGUUAUAUUCCUUUCAAAUAAUAAUAAUACUUGUAUGAAGCAAGGUACAUUUAAAACCAGGGUAUUUAAAGUCUUUGAACACCCAUCUUUAUUUAGAGGUAAGAUUUUUCUGGGAUUGUUUCUGUUUGAAACUUAUUUGUGAAAGCAUGUACGUAAUACUUUUAGGCUGGAGGCAAAUAAAACUUAAUUUCCUCUUCGUUUGUGAGGAAAUUUAGUAACAGAAAUUUGACAGCAACUGCAUUAUGGACAAUUUAUGUCUUUCUAAAAAAGCACCACACUCCUGGUUUUCAGAAAUGUUGACUGCUCAAGAUUAUGGUAAUUUAAGGAAGGAGGAUUUUCAGCUUUUUAGAUUGCUUUCUGUAGGUGUGCCUUUUUACAGCACCUUGAUAUGCAGAUGUUUAGCAGAGAAGCAUACUUCUCUUUGUUGUGCAAAGUGCUACCUGUUGAUUUCAAACAUCAACAUGUUUGUUUUUUCCCCUUAGUUAGUUGAAAAUAUACAGAAGAAAGGCACAUUACAUCCUACAGGUCCCUUUCUGAAAAAGAGAGGUGUGUUUGCAGGAAUUAUAAACAACCACUUAAAGACUUUUCUGAUGGUUCAUAAAGUUCCCCCUCUGUUUUAAUUACUGGUAUACACCAUUAUAUCUUUCCCCACUCCCCCCAAAAUUGAUUCCCUGCCAUUUGAGGGAGAGGCUUUGGGAAGGAGGUCUAUUAGCGCACGCCCCCUAAAAAAGAAAAGAAAAGAAAAAUAGGCAAGGCAUUGCAAAAGGGCAAUUCUUAGCAGACUACAAGGAAGGCUUCAGUUCUGCAGAUUCCCUUGGCAGGAACCUCAAAUAAAAUAAGGGGAAUUUGCUUCUCAACAAGGGGGCCGGGUAAGAUUUUUGCAUAUGCAAAAGUCCCUUUGGGUUCAGUGGUGCUUAUUGCCAUGUAAAUGGAUAUAAGAAGGCAGCCUCAAACUUGUAUAAUAAAUGGACUAGAAUUUAUUGAUUCAGGGGAAAGCUUGACUUUUCAUUGCUGUACUGUUCUUUCCAUACUUGCCCAGAAGAAUCAACCCCCCCCCCCCGUCGAAAUAGUGUGUUUUUUGCCUAAGCUUUCCCUGGCCUGCAAAGUUGGGCCCUGUUAUCCCCAAAUUUCUGUUUUAAUAAUGCUGUUUUUAUGUUGUAUGAUCUGGUUUUAUCAUUGUUUAUAGUAUUGCUUCUAAUGUGCUUUUGCAUACCUCUUAUGGGAUUUUUCAACGUUAAACAAUUUAGAAAUGUUUUUAGAAGUACUGUAAUAUAAUAAUUAGCAAAAAUAAAUAAAUAGCUGUGGUUCCUGUAUUGCAGGAGCUUGGUCUAGAUAAGCCUUUUGAGUCCCUUCCACCUCCGCAAUUCUGUAAUUCUAUGAAAUAAGUUAGCAAACCGGCUUUCGGUGGGACUUGCUCCCAGGUAUGGGUGCGUUGAAGGUUUUAAAAGUCUAUUUCAACAUUCACAGUGGCUCUUAAAACGAGGGGCUGAUGGGGGGGGGAGCUGGAGGAGCCUUGGAUCACAGGGGCGCAUUUCAGGCCCAAACCAGACCCUCCGGUUGGGCUACUUCAGCUCACCUGCCUUUCCCAUCAGGUUGAGCAGCUUAACUGGGGAUCUGCCCUAUCUGCUUGCUUUCCUGUAGGGUGAAUUCUGCUGAGCUGCAUGUAAUUGGCUGAGGACAGAAAAGCCGUUGUGAGAAGACAGAGAGGGGGAGAUAAUCUCAUUCCAAGCAGCUUUUGGUCUCAGACAAUGCCGAGCUUUCUUCCCACCAGGAAAAACAGGCAGCGUUUUGGGAUCUGCUUUGGCGACGCUAGGAAAACAGACCGGACAUUAUCACCAGUGGGGGGUGGGUGUCAAAGUUCUAUAGAACAACCUCCCCCAACCUAAUGCUUUCCAGAUGUUUUGGACUACAACUGCAUACAGGCUGGGCCUGGUGGGAGUUGUGGACCCAAACAUUGGUAGGGCCCCAGGUUUUAGGGAGAAGGCUGCUGUAUCAUGGAGGUUGAGGUCCUCUCUGCCUUGGGAUUGUGUCCAAGCAGUGUUAGAAACUCAGAUAUAAAAGGUGGGUGCCAAAUGGCUCCUUAAAGCAAGGUUACAGUCUCCAAAACGGAAUGUCUAGUUGCCAUUUUGGGGCGUCUUAUUUUUCUUUUUUUUAUAUAUAAUUUUAAUUAAGUUCAACGUACCAAUUAUUAUACAUUCCACAGAACUUCACAUCUUAUACAAUCUUUUUGGACUUCCAUCAGCACCUCUGAUGAUCCACCAUUUUUAUCAUUUCUUCUGCAUUUCUUAAAUUCCUAUUGCCUUUAAUUAUCUUAACUCACGAUCCACCUCUUUAACAUUUUUGCAAUAAUUCAAAUAAUUUACCUCACAAAACUUCUUGCAAACCUACAAACGUAAUCUGGUCAUCACAAUUACUUUUCAAAUAGUCCGUAAAUUUACACCAGUCUUCUGUGAAUCUCUGGUCCCGCAGGUUUCGAAUUCUUCCGGUUAGUUUAUCCAAUUCUGCAUAGUCCAUCAAUUUCAUCCUCCAUUCUUCUUUUGUCGGUAAUUCUUCUUGCUUCCAUUUUUCUGCCAAUAAUAUUCUUGCUGCUGUCAUUGGGCGUCUUAUUUUUCAAUUUGACUGUGAUUGCUUCUCAGUUAAACAUCUGGCUAGCUGAGAUGACAACCUUGAGCUAGGUUAAGAACUUUGAGAACUUAAAGAACAAAAGUCGUUCGAUCCAGAGACAGUCCACAUAUAUAUUGGCCCAUUCCGACCUCUUUUUCUUAGUGGUGACUGCUCCUGCUCAGGCUGCACAGAAAAAGCAUUUUGGUUCCUGAAAUUCGUUCCAUUAGUACAUAUAAAAUAUCAGAUAGAAUUCUACAGGAUGUGGUAUUAGUGUGUGAAAACAGUCCAGAUUCAGUGAUCUCCCAGCAAGCAGCUCUUGAUGCUGGAGAUUAGGGCUGUGUUAUAAAUUGACGUAUCGCCUGAUAUUGGGUUUUAGAUCAAAUCGCGAUAACCGUUUUUUUAAAAAAGCGACUUCGCAAUUUAUCACAUGUUGUGUGUGUGGUGUUCAAAAAUCACAAUAUUGGAAAAACCAGGAAGCCGAUGCUUCUUCCUGUGUGUGCAGCCCUUGCUAACUCGCACCUCAGCCAGCUCUUCCCUGUCUCCUGCAGCAGCAAGAUAUAGCUAUAAAUUACUAUUCAAACAUCGACCAGCAGAUAUCACCAAACAGAGCUUUGAGAACCAGUUAGCUCCCAGUCUCCCCAGCCAUCCAAACGGCAAGCAGGGACUUCUUCCCUCAAGGCUCUUGCUUAAAGGCGCCAGGCUGGUAGUUGGCUUAGAGAAAGCCUGCAGGUUCAGACUUCUGGAGCCCUUUCCCCCCAUAAAACCAUAAACUUAAAAAAAAACAGUCAGACACCUCCCUUUGACAUUUGACCCUCUUUCAUUUUCCCCUCCAUCUGUGUGUGUGUGUACAGUGGUACCUCUGGGUACGAACUUAAUUCAUUCCGGAGGACCGUUCUUAACCUGAGGUACCACUUUAGCUAAUGGGGCCUCCCGCUGCCACCGCCGCGCGAUUUCUGUUCUCAUCCUGAGGUAAAGUGCUUAACCCGAGGUACUAUUUCCGGGUUAGCAGACUCUGUAGCCUGAAGUGUUUGUAACCUGAGGUGUUUGUAACCCAAGGUACCACUGUACUGCUUGUGGGUGUGCAAGUGUCUACGUGUGUCUCCCUCCCUGCUCCCAUUGGUGGUAUUUUUUGGUGAAGCAGCAGCAACCAGCAUCAAAAAGCACUGGGUUGUUUAUUAUUAUUAUUAUUAUUAUUAUUAACCCAGCCAACACUUCACACUUCGUUUUCUGUAAGCGGCAGCCAGCCCCUUCUUAAAACUGUACUGCUUGGGGGGGUGUGAUUGUGUCUCCCUGUUGGUGUGCCCAACUGAUGCUUCGUUUGGAGCUAUGGCACUAUUGCAAGAAGCAGAGAGGCUUAUUUAACACUAUUUUUUAGCCCCAUGUUUCUUUAGCUCAAUCUGCCCUGCAGUGCUUCGCUUGCGCUCUCUCUCAACUCUUUCCCUUCUGAGUUGCUUCCUUCCUUGCUCCAUGAACGAGCCCCAGUCAUAGCAGUCAACUUUUCCCUUUUCUUGCGAGGAAUCCUAUUCGGAAUAAGGGAAUUUCCCUUCAAAAAAGGGAAAAGUUGACAGCUAUGGCCCCAGUUCUUCCCUGCUUCUCUCUCUCUCUCUCUCGUGUCUUGUAAAUUGCUUCAGAAUAAAAGGGGGGAAAACCCAGUGUUUGUUGUGUGUGCCUUUCUUUUGGGGCAGAAGCAGCCCACAGGUUUCUUACUAAUCCAGCCUACGCUGUCAGCCCAUGUUAACUCUGCGAGUCUUUGGCUCCCCCUCCCCAGUCGCAAGCAGGAGGGAAAUACAGCCUUGAGAUGCUUGUUGUCUUGCAAGUUGCUCCAGAGUAAAAGAAAAACACACACACACCCUGCUCUGCCAUUUGAACCUCUUCUGUGUCUUCCUCCACCUCUCUAUGCUCCCCACUUUCUCCUAUAUGGCUAUGCCAAGAGUGGACAUUGAUGAAUGCCCUCUGAUGGCAGGGGGGAGGCAAUGUUGAAGGGGCUUGCAAAGAAGUUUUUUGCUAUCCCAGGAACAAGUGUGGCAUUUGAAAGUGUGUUCAGCACAGCUGACAACGUUCUUCAAAUACAAAGGGCAUCUCUAUUGGCAGAGAAAGCCAAAACGCAAAUUUCCUUUAAUAAUUUCUGUUCUGUAAAAUUUUACCCACCCUUUCUGGUUUGGCCUGGUUUAUAAAAGAAAUGCAGAUUUUCCUGACAAUAAAAAUAUAUAAUUUGUUUAUAAUUUGUUCUGUUAAAAUGUAUCCGUUCCGUUCUUUCUAUUUUGGCCUGGUUUUGAAAAGAAAAUUAACAAACAAUCAAAUGAACUGGUGUUGUGGGAUGUAUACAUUCAACUAAGACUCCAUAAUGAAUUAUAUUUGAACAUCUAAAAGUGUGACACUGACUUUGCUAUUUUCUUGUUUAGUAAUGUAAUCAAAUUUUUAGGGAACCUUUGAUAUCUAUGCUACUAAUUACGUCUACAGAUUUAAUUUUAGAGAAAAUGUGCUAUUUAAACAUUAUUGGUACAGUAGUUCUAUAACAUAACAGUUGUAACAAUAUGUUAAAGUAAAAAAUUAUCGGUUUUAGGCUUGGACCCAUAAGUAGUAGCAGUUGCCAGGACAUUACCAUUUUCACCUCUACAUAGCUCCAGCCUUAUUUCAGAUAUUGUGAUAUAUCACAAUGUUUAACUGGUGAUGUAUCAUGAUGUUGAAAACCAGGUAUCUCCCAGCCCUACUGGAGAUGUCAGGUGCCAUCCAGGUGCCCAGGGAUCUUCACUUGGUCACAAGUGGUUGAUAGCCGGGUGCAAAAUGUGCCUGGCAAAUUUCAAACACUGUCCACCAAGGGUUAGUCAUGGGAAAAGACCUAUGAGAAAUAUGUUGAGAUCUUGUCUACCUACGUAUGCAUAUUUGGGCGCCCUACUGAGUUUGGUGUGAGAUUCACUCUCCAUAACUCUACUAUGUUUGCAACCUUCUUGAUGUCCAACUUGAAUCCCAUUGGUUUCUGUGGAGCAAUUAAAUCAGUGGUUCCCAAACUGUCCGCCAUGUGGAACGCCCUCCCAACUGAUGUCAAACAGAUAAACAAGUAUCUGGCUUUUAGAAGACAUCUGAAGGCAGCCCUGUAUAGGAAAAAUUUUAAUGUUUGAUAUUAUAUUGCGUUUCUAUAUUUUGUUCGUGCGAUGGAAGUGUAAAUGACUACCAGACUUUGAAAAGCUGGUAUCACUGGAUCAAAUUCAGCAAUUUUGUUGAAUCAAACUAAAUAGUUUUAACUGGAUUUGGAACAAAUGUGCAGUUAAUUCUUACUGUUCUGAAUUUGAUUGUGUUGUUAUUAUCUUCCUUAUUGGGUCGUGUGAACCGCUAUUCUGAAAAAGGCUUUGUUUUUAUAGGUUAGGGGGUGCUGGGGAUGACUUUAAAGAACCAAGGGGGGGAUGGUGGCCCGAAAAUGUUUGGGAACCACCAAUCUAGAAAACCUCUGUUGUGUUUGGUUACAAUAGAUGCUGCAGACCUAACUCCAGCUUAUCUCUCUUUUCGUCCCCUUUCUCAAGGCCUGACCAUCUGAACGGGCACAUCAAACAAGUGCACACGUCAGAAAGACCUCACAAAUGUCAGGUAGGAACUACUGGAUGGAGGAGGGUCUGUGAUGAUGGGGAGGAAGCCUCUGAAGAAGGUGGUGGAGAUGCAAGCCUUCUUCUGUACACCUGGAAUUUACCGUGCUCCUUGUAAACUUAUUCUAGAGACACUCCGCUCCUUCCCCCCCUUCCCACCACCCUCUUCCCAAUGUCAUCUGCUUCUCCUCCCCUCCCUCGUAUGGUCUCUCCUCUUCCUGCCCCUCCAUCUCAUCCCUACCUUUGUAGUGUUUGUCUCUGCUCUGCUCGCCCUAGGCGAUCAACCUUUUCUCUCUGCAAUCAGCCUUUUCUCUCUUCGUCCUGCCUGCCCGUCAACAGGUGGGCUCUCAAGGUCCCUCAUUGAUUUUAGGGAAAUUCCAGUUAGCUACUGAACGCAUUUUUUGUGGGUUCCUCCCCCCACAUUUGAACAUCGCACUGAGCAAAAUUGGAAGCUCCCCCCACCCUUUUCUCUCUCUUUUUUUUUCCUAGCAAGGGGACACACAGAGCAUUGCUCAAAUUCAACUCUGACACGGCUUUGGGGAAGGUGGGGUGGGGCUGUUUCUUCUUCCUUCCUUUCCCAGUUAACGUAACUGUUUCUGUUUGGAUUUAAAGAACAAUAAACACCCCUGGAGUUGCUGCAUGGAGGAGGCAAGCUCCUUGCGGGGAGGGGGCAACUCCAAAACCCAGCUAAGGCUUAAGACACGAUGGGCGUUCAAGCUGGUUAUCGUUUCUGCUAGCUGCUCUACCUGUGACCUGAUUGAGCUGGACUGCUCCAAUGGCCUCUGCCAACCUUCUCCUUUCUGAGUGGUAAAAAGAUGAUCACAUACGAGACAGGCAUGUUGGCUUGCUUGCUUGUUUCGUGAAAUUUAUGCACUGCUCGGACGUCAAAAGAGAAAAGCCAACCUCAAAGCAGUUUAUGAAACAAUAAAACUAUCAGUUAAAAGAACUCUUUAGAACAUCCAAAAGCUAAAAUCAGUGAUUAAGCUCAAAAUAGAUUAAAACAUACUUCAGUGUUCUGUUUCUGGAUGGCGCUUGCCUGAACAAAAAUGUUUUUAGCAUGCUCAGGAAAGAGCACAGCAAAGGCACCUGCCUGGUGUCAAUAGGCAGGGAGUUCCAAAGUGUAAGCACACAAAAAAUGAUUUCUCACAGAUGCAGAAUGUGUCUUAUGUGGCACCUAUAAUGGUGCCAGUUUCACUGAUAGAAACAGGUGGAUGUAUAUGAGAUAAGGCAAUCUUGCAGGUAAACCUGUCCCAAGUUGUUGAGGGCUUUAAAUGCUAACAGUAAUGCCUUGAAUUUGGCCUGGUAGCAAAUUGUACAGCAGGUGCAGAUCUCUGAGCCCAGGUGGUAUACGCUGACAUGGCCUCACUCCUGUCAGCAAUUGCGCUGCAGCAUUUGGCACUAACUGCAGCUUCCGGAUCAAGCGCAAGGAAAGCCCCGCAUAGAGCGCAUCGCAGUACAGUGGUACCUUGGGUUACAUACGCUUCAGGUUACAGAUUCCGCUAACCCAGAAAUAGUGCUUCAGGUUAAGAACUUUGCUUCAGGAUGAGAACAGAAAUCGUGCAGCAGCGGUGCAGCAGCAGCGGGAGGCCCCAUUAGCUAAGGUGGUGCUUCAGGUUAAGAACAGUUUCAGGUUAAGAACGGACCUCUGGAACGAAUUAAGUACGUAACCAGAGGUACCACUGUAAUCCAGUGCUGAAGUCAACGCAUGAACUACUGUGGCAAAAUAUUGAUAUCACUGCUUUUACUCUUUUUCUCUUGGGGGCGUGGGAUGUGAUCUUUAACGCUGUGGCAUGUUUUGCUGUGAGUUCCUCAUAUAAACUUAAUAUAUUUUAAAUCACCAUCUGUGAGGAUUCUGCUGAAGCAGAUGUCACCGGGGGGGGGGGGGCGGAAUGCAGAUGCGAGGGUUGAGCCCAGCCAUUUUGUCAGUGUAUGAUCUGCUUCUUUGUAAAGCUGGGGCUUGUUUAAAAAAAAAAAAAUCAGUAGCAGCAGCUACAAUGCAAACUUUGGAAAAGAGAGGGGGAGAGAGAAGGCGCCCAGAGCUCCUUGCAGAGGGUUCUGUAGUGUGGCCCAGUACAGUCAGUAGUAAGGUGAAGAAAGCUUAUGGGUUCCUGCAGAAUAAGUGGGGCAGGGGAGCCAAAAAUAAUGCCAAUAUAUUUCACAUCUGGCAAGCAUUGCACCCCUUUGGUUUCAGAUGGUACAUGGGUAGACAAGUCUAAAAAGCCCGGGGCACAAAUUUUCACAGCCCUCUAGUGGCUAUGGUGACUCAUUUACCGGAAGUAAUUUACAGUGGUACUGUCAGGGAACUGCCAUCCAUGCCGGAGGGAGAGAGCAAGAUCCAGAGGGAUUCCAGAGAGCGUCCCGGGAUUGGGAGAGGCAGCCCAUCUUCUGGGGAAGAGAAUCAGCGUAGCACCAGUGGAGAAGGGGGGCAGAUGGGGGAAGCGGCGAGACGGUCCCAUGACUCCUUGCCGGGGACCAGCGGGGAGAGUAGGGGUCCUCCGCUGCCUACGCCCUCCUUGCGCAGAAGGCUUUCACGCAGAGAGAGUAGGAGGAGACUAGGCGUCAAAGAGCUUCUUUGCUGGAAGAAGUUUAAGAAACGCCCACUGACGGAUUCUGCCAGCGAUUGAGACAGCCACGGGUGAGUGGCUGUCCGGACAGAAAAGGUUCACUCAGGCAACCCAGCCAGGUGUUUGCACCGGCUUACGCACGAGCAACCCCUAGAACCACUACAGGUACCUUGGGUUACAUACGCUUCAGGUUACAGACUUCGCUAACCCAGAAAUAGUACCUCGGGUUAAGAACUUUGCUUCAGGAUGAGAACAGAAAUCGUGCUCUGCCGGCGCGGUGGCAGCGGGAGGCCCCAUUAGCUAAAGUGGUGCUUCGGGUUAAGAACAGUUUCAGGUUAAGAACGGAACUCCGGAACGAAGUAAGUACUUAACCCGAGGUACCACUGUAUUUAGAGUUAACUCUAUAUAAAUUUAUAAGGAACUCACAGCAAAACAUGCCACAGGCUUUUUAGACUCGUCUACCCAUGUACUAUCUGAAACCAAAGGGGUGCAUUGGUUGCCAGAUGUGAUUCCCCCCUGCCCAGCUCUCCUACCCAGGGUGGAUUUGAUUUAAAUCAAAUUGAUUUAAAUCACGAUUUAAAUCACUAGUCGGUAAGACUUGAUCUAAAUCACUAGUCAGUAAGACUUGAUUUAAAUCUCUCUUUUCUUUUCUUUUUACAGAGAGACUCAUUCUUGCUGGUAUAAUCUUAAUAUUUACAACCAGAGGAAGGUUUCGUUUUUGGAAUAAUAAAUUUUCAGAGUAGUUUUUAGUUAUAUCAAAAAUUACUGAUAUGGUUAUACUGGUAGAAAUACAUAGAAAGAUAAUUAUGAAAUUAUUGCGAGGUUUAAUAAGUUAACUGUUUAUAUUUGGACAACUUUUCUGCUGUACUUUAUGGGGGGGAAUCAUUUCCUUAAUAACAGUUUAAACAAUUUAUUUAGCUAAAGUAAUAACAUUAUAGCAUAUGUAUCCAAAGUCUGGGCAAAGACACGUGAUUUCACCAGGCGCCUCCCUCACCCCUAUCCACUGGGUAGCUCUACAAUUUGCACCCUACAGUAUGGGGGAUAAACUGGGUCGACGUUGUAAUCCCUUUCCCCCCCCCCACUGUUUUUAUUAAAGUCACCCACCCCCCAAAUGGUCUUUGUAAUCUUAAAUAUAUGUUGCACAACACCCACUCCCCCCAAAAAACCCUGCAGAAGUUGUGAGGAUCUUAGCACCUCAAACAUGUAAGAUCUUGAAGACAAUUGAGCAAUUUAACCCCAAUUAGAUUAAGGGGCUUAAAAUAAUCUGUGGCAACCAUCACCACCCAACCUGGCAUCUUCCAGAUGUUUUGGAGCCCAAACAGUUUGGGAAGACGAUCCAUAGCUAUCUGUUGGUUAGCAUGAGAAAAAUAUAACUUUUUUCAAUUCAGCUGGGAAUAAAUGAUACCUAGCAAGGCAUCCUGAAGAUCCCAUUAAGGGUGUUUUUGGGAAUUAUUUUUUUUAAAUACAUCUUUUUAUAUUUGGGUGCAUCAGUCUGUAUUUAUAUGACCUGCAAAUUUUAAUAUCAUAAUUAGCGGUUCUCCUUAGGCUUCAGUCCUGAAGCUGCUCAAGAGCAGAUGAAUUAUUAAGGUGUGGCAAAUGGCCAGUAAAUUCAAGUUUGCAAACUAAAGGUUGACAACUUAUUUAACCAGCCUCUGCUACUGUGCCUUUUAACAGGGGUUUAACAUGCAGACAUUAUAAAGUGGCUGGGUUCAUCUCCAUGCUGUGAAAACCUUGCCCUGCUGAUUUCUUCAGAUGAAGCUGCUAACUGUUAAAGGCAGAAGAACUCGGCAGUGGGUGUGUUUUUUUCUGGACAGUUGGCAACUAUUUGGGUGCCAACUGACCUUAACCGGCACAGCCCUUAUUCUGUUUUAAGAUUGCCUUCCAUUUCUGAACUGAACCCAUCGGAUUUCUCAAAAGCAUGCAAUUCUACCAGUGCCAUUGCAAAACAGAGAUCCUUCUCUUCUCACCAUAUUUUUUUAGUUGUUUUUUUUAAGUUUUUAUUUACUUAUUUAUUUAUAUUUGCCCAUCUCCUAACUAGGAGUUAAGUAUCUCAGUGCAAAAGAAUUCAUGUGGCUGUUGGUUUUUCCUACCCAACACCUUAAUUUUACUCCAUUCAAGUUUUGAUCUGAGAUAAAUUUAUUUCACAUGGAUUUAUUUCUUUAAAAAUAUUUAAAAUAUAUUUUCACUGUAUUUGGCUACCCAGAUAGAGCUUUAUUAAAUGCGCGCUGUCUUUUGCACAGGUGUCUUGAAAAAACAAAGUACAGACAGCUGGGUUUAGCGCUCAUGGCAGGGCACAUCCCUUUUGUGCAAAUAUAUAAAUCCCCAACAGUUAUAAUUACAGAGAAAUAUAACUAUGGCAAAGACAACUUUAUCUACAGUUGUGCCUGCCUUUUUAAGGGGAAAGUGCUAAAUGGAAUUAGUGUCACUUGUUGUACAAGCACCCAUCACCCAGGGCAAGAGUCAUAUGUCCUGCCCACCUCUCAAAUUCGGUUGCGCAGAGGUUCCCAAGCCCUUGGCGCAGAGGCCUUUUCUACUUCAGUAACACAAUGAAACUACUAUUCAGUUUGCAAUGAAACUACUAUAUAAAAUGAUGUCCCCACCACCACCACCACCAGUUUAGCCGUGGUUUCAGUGGAAAUCUCUUGAAUCAAAGUGGCUUCCGCCAGCAAAGGAACAACCAUGAGCUCACUUUAAGCUCCCAAUUCUUCCUUUGUAGCCACGCCAGGAUUUGCUCCAUAGUUCACUUCAUAUAUGAUAAUUGGGUGUGGUUUUGGAGAAACAGCCUUUUGAGCCCAAUGGAGAGGCCUGGUAGGCCAGAGCUAAGCCACAGGCUGGAGUUUCCCGACCCCAGGACAGGGGUGCCAUGUUUGGGAAGGCUGCCAUAGAAAGGUUCAUUAAGUGAGUCAUCAUUUAACAAUCAUCGCCUUGGAGCCCACUUAGUUUCUCGUCAGCACUGGCUCUACAAUCCACCAUCCAUUUCCAGCAGCAAGGUCAAAUAUAUUUUCCUUAUCUAAUUUUAACUGGGAGCUGGUUCAGGGUCUGGAAGGGCAGUCUUUGCACAGGGAACACCCUCCAGGAACUUGAUCGCGCUGCUAUUCGUGUUGACACCAGGUGGGACUCAGCAGACCAGUUCACCUGGUCACCUUAAGAGCGAGGAUGGGCAGAAAGGAAAAGUGCAUCAGAUGAGUUUUUUCAUGGGAGGAGGGGAGGGGAAAAUCCAAGGGGUUAAUGGGUGUCAUCUUCCACUCCAUCCCCAUCAGUUCCUGGAUCUUUUAAAACUCAGCCGCAGAAGGAAAACCUGGAAUGCUACUGAUUCUGCUGCAGCCAGAAUUGCAGUUGCUCUGCCUUCACCGCCAUGUGUGCGACCCAAGACCGACCAAGAUAAUGAAGAUCAAUUGGGUGUAACAUGGGUGGGGGGCUCUCCCAUGCACGCUGUGGCCGCCCCCCAAUGCAACUGUUCUUGGCAGGAUUCAGCCUUGUGGCCAGAGGUGGCUCACGCAGAAGUGUGAUUUGCAUGAACUGGCUCCUCCAUGUGGGCGCUCUCCACAAUUUGUGCAGCCCAUACUGGUGCCUUCUGGAUGUUUUGGUCUAUGACUCCCAUCGUUCCCAACCAGCACGGCCAUAUUGACUGUUCCAGCAUGGCAGGGGCGGUUAGGAGUUGUAGCCCAAAAUGUCCGUGUUGGGCUGGAGCUGAUGGAACUGGUAAUCCAGAACUUCUAGAGGGUCAUCAAAGGCAGGUAUAGAAGUUCGCAGUAUUGAUUUGAGCAUGGAAGAAGAAAUUAACUUGCUUUCAUUUUUAAUUGUGGGGCCAUCUCCUGGGGUAAUUCCCUUUUUACCUGCCACAUUUAAGUUAGUAUCUGGCCAUCUUCAGCAUUAGGAGACAAAACCUGAUUCUCAAGCGAGCUAGACUUGUAUUCCCUGAAAAACAAAAAGUUAAAAAUAAGCAUUCAGAAAACUCGUGCUUUUCCCAAAUGAUUUCAUUGCAGAAUGAGUUUCUUCCUUAUCUAAUCUCUCUUACUUCCUGCCUAUUAGCAGGAAAUUGCCAGCCUCCAUGGAAUAAGCUCAGAGACAUCUACAUCCCUAGAGCAGUUGAAACUUCAAGAGGUAUUUCUUAAACACUGUUUAUUUUUUUAAAAACUUCUCUAUUUUUAGUAUAUUUAUCUGCCUUUGCAAUGCUUGACAGGAAAGCACUGGAGUUUUCCUUUAUUAUUAUUAUUAUUAUUAUUAUUAACAGCGCUCUCUGAUAAUCUUAAAUUGUAUAUUUAAAGACAUUAACCUCUUAAAAUUUGAAAUGUUUAGUUUCCUUCAAAGCUGAUUGUAUUGUCUCUUGUUUUCUUUUUCUUUUUAGUUCUGAUUUUAGGCUUUCUGGACUCUUUCUGUAUUUCUCUCGUUCUCUUUGAAAGAAUUAUUUUUGCCAGUCUGCUCAAUAACUAACUGUGAUCGAGAAUCAUAAUGCCUGGCUUGAAAAGAAAUAAGCAAAUUAAACGCAGCAACAAAUCACUUGAUACCUGUUUUUGUUUCCAGUGAGCUGCGUGGCAUACUAGACUCAGCCUCUUGGGACUUUGUUCUGCACAAGCUCUACCGUGGAGCUUAUCAUAGCUGUCAACUUUUCCCUUUUCUUGCGAGAAAUCCUAUUCGGAAUAAGGGAAUUUCCCUUAAAAAAAGGAAAACAUUGACAGCUAUGGAGCUUAUGCAGGAGAACUUCCCAGCAGGUUGUUCUGAAGUUCACUCCUUUGGCGUCCUUUCCAUGAGUAAGGCUUGCUGUGUUUCUUUGUUUUCCUCUUUAUAGCUCUGAAUGUGCCUGUUACUUAGUCAUUUUGAAAUUAAACCUGAACACUUCUCCUAACAGCCCAAAGAUUUAUAUAUUUUAAUCUGCAUCAUAGGAACUGCUAUCGGUUUCCCACAGGUAAUCACUUCACUGGUUGUGUUGGGGAACUACAACUUUCCUCUCGUCCAUUGGUUAUGCAAAAUGCACUUUUAAAACCGCAGUGGGUAUCGCUUGUGUCGGAACCCUUUCUAAAGUCUCUGUGCCCAGUUUAUUUUUUGCUAAAUGAAAGCUGCCCCUGUUUUGCUCAGCGCAAUGUCCAAGUGGUUAUAUUUUGAACUUUAUAUAUCUGUUUCUGACUUAACAGCUUUUUGUAAUGUCAGAGUCAUUUCUUAGUGGAAUCUAUUCAUGGGACAAACCACAAAUAAUUUUGUGUUUUUUAUUGCGGUGCUCUGGUCUGGAUCCUGCAGGAGGAGGCAGAAAUUUCCUCUUAGUGCUUUGCCUAUUCACCAAGGGACCUGACCUAAAGUCUCUUCAAACUAAGAGAAAACAGUGAUCUAUAUUCAUUUCUUUCCUUUUUUAAAAAAACAGAACUUGCUUCAGGCUAUUUAUGCAAUGACGUCUCUCCGUUAACGCCAUUCUGCAUCAUUUAAGGGCCAGCUUCAGUAACUGUGUAACACUGAUAGGGAAGGGCCAUAGCUCAGUGGUAAAGUUUUCACCUUGCAAGCAGAAGGUCCCAGCUUCAGUUCCCCAGUGGCAUCUCCACAUAGGGCUGGAAAUGUUCUGAAUCCAUGGUGAGCUGGUACCAAUCAGCAUGAACAAAUACCAAGCAGGGUGGACCAAUAGAGUCUGACUCCAUAUGCGGCAGCAACUUAACACUCCUGAUCAUCUUCAGAACUCUAGAAUUCUAAGGAGAACAAGGAAUCCCUGACAGAUUCUUAGCCUUUUCUCCCUCUGCCCAGAAGAGACGUGUUUUGGGCAUUACAAAGGCGGCCCUAGUCUAGAAUCCAACAUGGGUGUUGAGUGCCAUCACACGGGCACUGGAGAGAGCAGGAUGUUUAUUAGGGAGGGGUUGACCUCCAUGCUGAGCAGGGAUUUUCACUUGUAAGGAUUCAAAUUGUGCCCCAUAACCUUUUCUGCUUCUAAAACUCCGGUGAGAGUCAGGCUUGCAUGUGUUCAGAACUGAUAUGUUUAAUAUAUAUAUAUACAGAAGAAUUCUGAAGCUUGCCUAAAUUACACAAAUGAAGCCAUUUCCGAUUGAUAUUGCAUAGUCUGGUCUAUCAUUUUAGCGAAUUUCCCCCUUUUUUUAUUCUGCUGCUGCUUAUACUAUAGGGAAACACUGGAGGCCUUCCCUCCACCCUGCACAUACACUUGCCUUAGAGCCAUGACGGCUAGUAACAUGGCUCUUUUAUUUAUUUUUGUGGAAAGUGAGAUUAGCAGGAAGCUUAACUCUGCGCACACAAUGGCCUCUCCUGCGGUGGCUUUCCUGCACUCCCUCUGAAUCGUAGCCCUGGUGGCUUCUCUAGAACAACCUCUCGCCUCCCCUGCUCUUAGUUUUCUCCGCUACUUGUGGCUGUCAUAUUCCCUCUUUAUUCCUUCUGCCUUCCCACCCCUACCUUGCCUUGUGUGUGAUUUCCCCUAUGCCCAGGAGUUUUGCCUUUCUCCAUCUGGCCCAGGGGCACUUUCUGCUUGGCCUCUAUCUCCUCCACCACCUUCCCUUCCCUGUCUGCUCCCAUCUUCAUUUGUCUUUCCUUACCACAGCCUCAUUACUGCUGUUUGAGGACCUCUCCUCCUGUCCUUCCCAUCUUCUCCCUCUUACUUAGAUCAUGAUCGUCCUGGUAGAACCAUCUAGCACUUCAUUGUGGGGAGCAUAUAGUGUUUGGGAAGAGUUAGUGAAAGAGUGCUAACUUGGGGAGACCAAAAUGAGCCCUGGCUUCUUAGAACAGCCUUUGCCAAUGCGGUGCCCUCCAAAUGGUUUAGACUAUAACUCCCAUCAGCCCCCAGCCAGUGCAGCCAUAUUUGACUAUAGCUCCCAUCAGCCAACAUCCUUGUAUAAUGUCGCAGCUGAUGGGAGUUGUAGUCCAAAGCAUCUUGAGAAGGCAGUCUUAGAAAGUCAUAAGCAAUGCAUUGCAUUUAUCCUCUUCAAAGUGCUGCAAUCUAAUGGAGUCCCCAGGGCAACUUUGGAUGCUGUGUCUUUGUAGCAUUGGUGAUUUAAACUGCUCCUUCUGAAUAAUGGAUGUGCUCAGACGCCCAUUCUAAUCAUGGGCACUAAGUUUAAAAUUUAGUUAUUGGACGCUUAUUUACAGGCCAAUUUUCUAUUUUAAACGUUCCAAGUGGCUUAGAGAAGAUUAAAAAGAACAGCGAGCAGCAUGGAAGGCCAUGAAUAAUUAAGAUAUCUAAAGAAAUCCUAAUGGCAGGGGAGAUCAAUAAAACUAACUUAAAUUAAAUUUAAGCACUCUGGGCUGUCACCCCUCCGGUCAGGAGCUCUGGAAUUGCUCCAGCCCAUCCAUGGAGCUCAUCUGCCCGAUUCUGCUUCUCUCUUCAUUCUGUAGAGGGGAGCCCUCAGUAGGAUGUGGAAAAGCCCUUCCAGAUACCACAGCACUCUGUGUUGACCUGAAGUCCUGUGUUUGCAAGGAGCUGAUGGGUUAGAGCAGCCUCUGCCAAGCCAGGGCCCUCCAGAAGUUUUAGACUACAACACCCAUCGGCUCCAGCUGAGGCUGAUUGGACUUGUAGUCCAAAACAACUCCCCACCAAGCUGGGGGUGUGCCCUAAAACAGCAUCUGCUUGCUUGCCUCUUGAGCUGGGGUGCACUUGGCAAAGCAGGGCUUGACUCCUCAAACGUUUCUGCCAUCGUAAAUGAAGGUGCUGGAAGCCUGCUUGUUGAUUUUGGUGCCCCUCUUGAAAUCAAUAGCCUCACGUCACCGUAGUGUUAACCUUAGUAGCGGUGUGUGUCUGCCUGCCUAUGCAUGUGUUUGUGUGUUUAAUGUGGGUUUUGCUGCUCUCCACAGACCUGCAACGCCUCUUUUGCCACCCGGGACCGGCUGCGCUCGCACCUGGCGUGCCACGAAGACAAAGUCCCGUGCCAGGUCUGCGGGAAGUACCUGCGGGCGGCGUACAUGGCCGACCACCUGAAGAAACACAGCGAAGGACCAAGCAACUUCUGUACCAUCUGCAACAGAGGUAAUGAGCGCAACUUCUUGCAAAGCGGGCAAAACGAGAACCCACAGGGCGAGAGGAGGGGAACUCGGGCAAAAGGCUUCUCCAAGAAGAGAAGGAACGUCAGGUUUUUUUGCAGCUGGCAUCAGCAAAGGGUGAACCGCUUGGCUCUUGAGUCCCACUAACAGUGGUUCUCAACCUGUGGGUCCCCAGAUGAUGUUGGACUACAACUCCCAUCAUUCCUAGCCAGCAUGACCAGUGGUCAGGGAUGAUGGGAGUUGUAGUCCAACAACAUCUGGGGACCCACAGGUUGAGAACCACUGCGUGACUAACACAUCCGUAGCUGGCUGGCCACAUGAGCACAAGUGGGACUAUCACAGGUCUCUUGCCUCAACUCUCACACCCACUCAGACACAUCCCCUUGGCUAGCCUGGAGGGCCAGGUGGUGUAAUGGUUGGACUAGAUCCUGGGAGACCAGGGUUCACAUCCCCCCUUAUCCAUGUGACGAUCACUUGGGGGCCAGUCACUGCCUCUCAGCCUAACGGACCUCACAGGGCUAUUGUGGGGAUUAAAUGAGGAAAGGGAGAGCAGUGUACACCAUCUUUUAGCGCCUUGGAGUAAAAAGGUGGGAUGUAAAAGCAGUAAAUGAAUAACAUGUCUCUGCCGACCAUCAAAUCAUGAGGGGUGGAGAAAUUUCUUGGAGCAGCCCAGAUUAUCAACUAGUCUCCCACACCCCUGAUUCCUUUCACUGAGUAAAAACAACACUUGGAAGUACCUGUGGAGGUCAGAGCCAAUUCACCUCAGUAGUUGAAUGGUGUUUUUCCAUCUUCAGAUUAGGAGAUUUCCAGACAGAGAGCAGGAUGGUCCAGGUUAUCAGAAAUGUGGGGUCCGAAAAGCGAAUGAAGUCUCUUGGGAUAGGGAGGCGAGAAGGGGCGAAUUCCCGCCCAGUGCUAAAUACCCACAAGACCCCAAAAGCAAACCAGCGGGUUCUCAUCAGAACUUGGCAGGGGCACCUAAGCCCCUUCCCAGGUCCCAUUUACCAGCAUUUUAAAACGGGUAGGUGCCUGAUCCUUCACACUCUCACACGUGUGUGUGUGUGUGUGUGCGCUUUGUAAGGGUUGUUCGCACAUUAUUCUGUAUCUGGGUACAGAUAGCCUGUAUUUGGGUUCAGCUGCUCGUGAGACAGAGUCUACAGGUGUUCAUUUUCAAAGGCACCACCUGUUUUCUCAGGUGUGGGACUAUUCCUGCAGCCUCUCUACAUGGCCUUAGGAUCAUAGAAUUGUAGAGUUGGUAGCAACCUCCCAAGGGUUAUCUUGUCCAACCUCCUGCCUUGAUUUAGGGUGGCUUGUUCCCAUCAGAUAAGAGCAGCCUCAUACCCAGGGGUGCUCUGGAAGUCUGUAAGAAACAAAAAAUUAAAAUUUUAAAAAUGCAGUUUUGAAAGGUUCACUCCGCUAUCUGGAUUUGGAAUGGUGCCCAAUUGUAUCUGAACAGACAGAAUCCAGCUGCUUCAUCUAAGGAGCCAUCAUGAAAAAUUUAGUUAAAAUUUCAGUUGGUUAAAAUCAGUUGAGUUUUGAAAGACUCAGUCCGCCAUCUUGAUUUUAAAAUGCUACCAAUUACUGGAGGCAGCGCGUAUCCGUUGUGACAAGUCGCCGUUGAUAGCCUUUUCUUCCACGAAUUUCGAAUCACAUCUGUAGCCAUCACAUAAAAAUGGAAGUGCGUCUCCACAGAUAAACACAUAAAACCGUACAGUGAAGGUAAAGGGACCCCUGACCAUUAGGUCCAGUCGUGGCCGACUCUGGGGUUGCAGCGCUCAUCUUGCUUUAUUGGCCGAGGGAGCUGGCGUACAGCUUCAGGGUCAUGUGGCCAGCAUGACUAAGCCGCUUCUGGCGAACCACAGCAGCGCACGGAAACGCCAUUUACCUUCCUGCUGCAGUGGUACCUAUUUAUCUACUUGCACUUUGACGUGCUUUCGAACUGCUAGGUUGGCAGAAGCAGGGACCGAGCAACUGGAGCUCACCCCGUCGCGGGGAUUCGAACUGCUGACCUUCUGAUUGGCAAGUCUUAGGCUCUGUGGUUUAACCCACAGCGCAACCCACGUCCCAAAACCGUACAGUAAAACCAUAUUAAAAAAAAGUUUAAAACAUACAUAAAUUUAUGAUUGUGGAAGGGUGUAUUCUUAAUGGUCUGCAUAGACCUGGCAGAAUAGAAAAGUUCUCGGCAAGUAGGCACAGAAGGCGCCUGCUGAAUCUCUAGUGGCAGGGCGUUCCACAGGACUGGGCCGAUGACUGUUGGCAACGAUGCUGCUGUUGUCAAAGGAGCCUCACCAACUCGGGGAACAACCGAUGAGGCUCCUGAGGCUGAGCUGGGAUUCAAGGACUCAGGCAAUCCCUAAGUUGUUCAGGGCUUUGUAAAUUAAUAUACCAGGACCUUAAACCUGGCUCAGUAGAAGAUGGGCAGCCAGUGCUACUGUUUAAACAGUGGUGUCACGUGUUCUCGACCAGAAGCUCCUGACAGCAUUCUGGCCACCCCAUUCUGCACCAACUGGAUCUUGAGAACCAGGCCCAAGGGCAGACCCACAUAGAGCACAUUAUAGCAAUCCAGCCUUAUGAAUCCAGCCCAUGAAACUUCUGGGGAGGUUGUCCAGGAAUGUGCAGAGUACCACCACCCCCCUGAUGACACCCCUGAUUUGGGGAGAGAGGUUCAGCCUGUAGUGUAUGGGGUGGCUCACAUUGUCUUAAAUACGUUUAUAAGCUAGUUUGGAUACUUGUGGCUUCGGGAGGUUAAUGGGGAAGGUAAGGCCUAAAUGUUUUUUUGACAAGCGAGUAAGUAAAUGAAGCAAAUAAAGAUUUAAAAAAGGGCGAAAUAGCAGAAUAAUGCCCCAGGAGCCAGAAUUAGAUUGUGUAGCCCCAUCGGUUACAGUUUUUGGGAGGCUGGCCAAUACAACAUAAACCCAUCAGAGCAACAGACCACUGCAAUUAUGGCAACUGCAGAGCCAGGUGAUUGUUGCUGCCUUGGCUGCAGUAACAAAGAUAAAUGGAUUACAUCUCCAUUAUUUUCAGAUGCAGACUGUUGGGGGAAUCACAUUUUGCUAUUUCUCUCUAGAAAAAUGGAGGUGCUCCUUUGCUAGUACUCUGGCUAUAAAGGAAUGAAUAAUACAUUGGGGUUUUAUGUUUUUUCAGAAGCAGCAGCCAGAUUCUGCCAGGCUAGUCCGGGGGUAGGGGAAACCUCAGACCCGGGAGGGGGGCAUAUGUGGCCCUCCAGACCUCUCCAUCUGGCCCUUGGGACUUUUCCCAGGCUAUAACGCUCGCUGGCCUUGCUGCACACCCUCUUCAGGUGGUCUUUGCCUUGCUGGGAUGAACUGCUUGAACUGCAGUCAUAGUUCUUUGCUUGUCUGGAUGGAGGGUGGAGUGGGGUAUGCAUGUGCCAAGUGCAUGUAGAGACCAGCUACCCGGGUAGAGACAGCGUGGCGUAGUGGUUAAAGUGUCAGUCUAGGACCUGUGAGACCAGGGUUCAAACCCCCACUUGGCCAUGAAGCUCACUGCAUGUGACCUUGGGCCAGUCUCCGUCUCGCCUACCUCACAGGGUUGUUGUAAGGAGGGGGGAACCAUUUUAUGCCACCUUGAGCUCUUUGGGGAGGGGUAUCAGUGUAACAAAUAAAUAAUACUGCACAAAGGUAGCACUUAAAUUUGUUGCUCCUCCCUGCCUACCACUGACAUGGUUCCCCCCGAAGGGAAUAUAAACCUUGGGCUUGGGAAAGUCCCCGACGUCUGCAGCAGAUCAGCUUGUCGCUUCACAUGAUCGUAUAAAGUUGUAAUCAUUCAGUACUGUCAUCAUGUUGUGGCCUGGGAGGUAGAGAGGAAUGGCCCAGUUCUCUCAGAAGCAUCAUGGUUUACAGCCUGGUUACUCCUUCCUGCGUUGGUUGGGUGUGCUCCUCUAGAAGGCUGGGCUUGCUUCCUUGCUACUCCUCAGGGCAGCCAGCCCCCAACCUGGUGCCAUCCAGAUGUUUUGGACUACAACUCCCGCCAGUCCCCGCCCCAGUGCAUUCUCAUCCGCAGCGAGUUGAGGAACCGCUGCCCAAGCCCCUCUCUCUCCUGGGCAAGGAGAUUUCAUUCCUCCUUCCUGUUUCCUUCCACCCCGUCCAAAUCCACCAGAAUAGGCAGCCUGCUCUCAGCCCAGGUGAAUCGAGAAAUAAGCAUCCAAGCUGCCAAAGUGGCCUUCAUACAUUUAUUUAAGAUCGCUUGGUCUCCUUUUGCCCUGCCCUCUUCUGCAAGCCAUAUUUGGUAGAUUGCAGAUUUGUUUUAGGAACUGGGCCAGCUGAAUCCUACAGGGAGCUCACUUAGCGUGUGAUUUGCUUCAGGAGAGAAAAAUAUUCAAACCUGUGUCUCGGCCAACCUGGUGCCCUCCAGAUGUUUAUAAACUACAGCUCCCUUCAGCACCCAGCCAGCAUGGCCAUAUUCGCAAAAAAUUCCAUACUGCCUGCAUUAGGAAGAAGCAGCAAAACAUUGUGUAGGUGUAAGAUCAGCAAUAAACUAAAGAUGCCUUCAUAAAGCAACAUUGAAAUACAUUGCAGUGAUGCAGGAACCGACAGGUGUUAUAGCCUGACACCUGGGAUAACUCACGUCAGUAGAGCAUGCAACUUUUGCUCUCAGGUUCAUGGGUUUGAGCAAAAGAUCCCUGCGUUGCAGGGGGCUGGACUAGAUGACCCUCGUGGCCCCUUCCAACUCUACAAUUCUAUGAUUCUGGAGAGCAUCAGGCUGCCAUGAUGGCUGGGUCUUGACAUGGAUCCUGGAGGCUUCUUCAUUUUUGCUGCGUAUGCACCACCUACUUAAAGCACAUGGCUUUCCUCCCAAGGAUCCUGGGAACUAUAGUUUGCCCUGCAUAGAGACCCUUAAACUACAGUUCCCAGGAUUCUUGGUGGGACAGAUGACCCAUGUGCUUUUAACUGUGUGUUGUGUAUGCAGCCUCCAUCUCUAUGACAUCACCUAUUCUGUGCAUAGAGUCUCCGAGUUGCUUCUCUUUUUAAGUCACUUUGAGGAAUCUUUUCGUAUGGAAUGACAAAGAAAUGGAGUAUGGUGAUAAUAAUAAUAAUAGCCUUCUCUCCCCACCCUGGUAAUUUCUGGGUCUUCAUUUGCGAGAGCUCCAGAGGCCCGCUGCCUGCCAUGUUGAGGCCUCCUCCUGUCGCACGGCGGUGGCUGGCUUUGAUCUUGGUUCUUCGGGCGCCCGUUCUCUCGCAGAGGAGCCAAGAGGUGGAGGAGGAGGAGGAGAAUCUGGCAGCGGCUAAGCGGAGCGAGGGGGAAAGGCAGAGAGGCAUCUGUGUCUGUCCUGGCGGCAGGAUCUCAUCUCCUUUUAUCUUGUUUAGGUUUCUCCUCUGCCUCCUACUUAAAGGUCCAUGUUAAAACCCACCACGGUGUUCCCCUUCCCCAGGUCUCCAGACACCCGGAGCCCAUCCCGAAUGGGGGAGCAGCGUUCCACAGCGUCAGGACCUAUGGCAUCAAAGGCAAGCGACUCCCUGCUCUACACUUUCCGUCUCUUGACGUAGGACCUUGUUGGGUGCUGGGGAACGGGCGGAUAAGGGAGCGCUGUGGGGGGCGGGUAAGGUGCCGGUCAGGAAAUCCACCGUGUUCUGUUUGGGAGAAGGGCACAGCUGAGUUUUCCCUCGGCUGCCCCACUUCAGGCUGCAGGCGGAGGCUUGCAUGUCUGAACACUCUCCCAAGAGCAACAGCAGUAACUCGCCCAUCACUGCAUGGAGAAAGCUAAGCACAUAAGCAGGCUCUCCCACCAGCAGCAAACAGCCAAGUGGUCUUGGGACACCCGCUAGCAAAACAAUCACUUAAAUCAUUAAUGCCAUCACAGACCUGUUAAACAAGAUGGAGCAAGAUGCCAAGAGUUGUCCCCAGCAAGCAGGAUUAAAGAUACCCUGCCUCCAAACUUGGAGGUUCUGUGGCCUAGUAACCAUUGAUAGCUUUCUCUUCCUCCAAGGAUCUGACUAAUCCCCUUUAGAAGCCAUCUAAACCUCUAGGCAUCCCUAUAUGAUCCCAUGGCGGUGAGUUCCAUAAGAUCAUCUGCCAUCCUGCUGGCCUCCAGACUUUUUAGGUCUAAAACUCCCAUCAGCCUGAACCAGCUCAGCUGGGUUUUCUGGGAGCUGUAAUCCAGAAUAUUUGGAGAGCAAAUUAGGAAAGGCUGCACAGUGUAAUGGUGCAGGGAGUUUUGUCUAGAGGAGUUGCCCUAACCUCGACUGUUUCCCCUGUCUGACUGUUCCCUUCUCCACCCCACCCAUGCAAUGAGGCUCUGAAGUCCAGAGUUACAAACCUCCACCGGCCUGAAGUAGGACAGUUUAGGAAAAAGUUACAUCUUGGGUUUGCUGGAUCUGGCAACCCUAGGAGAAAUUUCUGGAGUUACUGAGAAAGAGUUCUGUUUUGAUAACUGGGAGAAAGGCCCCUUAGAUGGUGGGAGGAAUUUAACGUCCCCCCUCCUCUUUCACUCAAGGCUUCAAAAUUACAUAGUUUUUGGAUGCAUUCUCCGCUUGCCCCUUUAUAUAUCUCCAUCCCUUUGAGGCUUAGGCAGGGACCUUUGUGUUCAGGAGGUGCAAUGGUCACGUAGUCUCGUUCCCUCCCUGCUUAAGAUGGUCUCCCUCUGAGAAUCAUAGAAUUGUAGGGUUGGAAGGGUCCUAUAGUCCAGCCGCCUGCAGUGCAGGAAUCACGGUUUAAGAAUCCCUGACAGAUGGCCACCCAACCUCUGCUUAAAACCUCUGGUGAAGGGGCUUUAUUGUGGAGCAAGGCUCAAGACUGCGGCAAGCCUCAGUCCUGUUUCUCACAAACAUGGCCAGCAUGUGGCUAAGCAAGAUGGGAGCCAUCUCUGCAUAGUAAACAUCAUCCCUGUGCAAGAAUACUGGCACGUCAAGGAGGUGGUUAAACUGGAACUCAUGACUGCUUCUUACCACCGAUUAGCUAGUUUCUGUGUGCAGGGGAUGGCUCUGUGUGGACAGGUGGUCAGCCGCAUGUGUCCUGGCCAGCAGUCUGAAGUGCUCUCUAGAGAGCCAAGCACCAUUUGGCUUGACUCAGGGAAGAUGGAGAAGAUAAGAUUGGUGGAUGGAAUGACUGCCCAGAAACUUAAACCCAAUGGGUCAUCAUUUAGACUCCUCUGGCUUAGGAAGAUGCUGAAGAGGCUGUAGCGUGGCAUUGACUUCGACUCACUCGUUCCCCCAUCCCUCUCUCUCUCCCUCUCUCUCUGGUCACAUUUACACUGUACAUUUAAAGCAUUAUGCUACCACUUUAAACAGUCAUGGUUUUCCCCAAAGAAGCCUGAGAAUUGUAGUAUUUUAAAGGUGCUGAGAGCUCUGAGGAGACUCACUCUUCCCCCUCACAGAGCUACAAUUCCCAGAGUUCCCCGAGAAGAGGGGAUUGGUUGUUAAACCACUUUCGGAAUUGCAGCCCUGGGGGUUCUCCUCACAACUCUCAGCGCCUUGAACAAACUACACUCCCCAGGAUUCUUAAACAUGCCUGUUUAAGUGUUUUCAUAGUGCUGAAAAUGUCUGGUGUGAAUUUGGCCUCUCUCACACAUAUACAAAGGCUAGGAGGUCCAGUUAGGGUUGUCUAUGUAUGUGGCAGCUUCUGCAUGUCACAAAGGGUAGUGUAGGGGUAGUUGGAUAGAUCUGACCUGGAAGGGGACCACAGUCCACCUGGACCUUCCCCGGAUGUGCUCCAGCAGAACAAAUCCCCCUCUUGCUUCAAUGGGCCUUGCCCAGAAUAACAUCCCAGCAGAUUGUGAUGCCAUGUGGGUCAGUGCAUGAGGAUAUUUUGGGGGGGGUUAUCCACCGAAGGAACCAGAAUGCCUCUCAACAGCUCUGCCUCCUCCCCUCCAUAAAGAAUCUGUUCUGGUUUAGCUAAAAGUUAAUGGCUCGAUUAGUAUUUUUUUAUAUAAGGGAUAGCUCACAAGCUCCAUCUUGGUUUGUGGGUGGAAGUUGGGCUUUCAUGUGUACUGUCCCAGGAAACAGCCAAGACCUUAAGGAAGUGUCUUUGGGCAGGGGUUGCUGGGACAACACAGGAAGCUGCCAUAUACCGAGUCAGACCAUUGGUCCAUCUAGCUCAGUAUUGUCUACACUGACUGGCAGCAGCUGUCCAGGAUUUCAGGCAGGAAGUCUCUCCCAACCCUACCUGGGGGCUUGAACCUGAUACCUUCUGCCUGCAAGGCAGACAGGGACAGCCCUUAAGCGAGUCAGGCAUUCUCCUUACUAAGAAGCUUUUUGCACACUUUCAUCUCUCUUGUGCUGAUGGCAGCAGUCUGGUUUUGGUUUUGCGUUGGAGAGAGUAGUGAAACAAUGCCUUCAUUGCACUUUCCGAGACACCCCAGUGGAAGACGCUUGCAAGACUGUGAGUGGCCCUUGGGUUUCUUGAGAGAUCCUGAGAUGGGCCUUCCCAAAAGUGCUUUCGCUCAGCCUUCGCUAGCCUGGUGCUGUCCAGCUGUUUUGGACUUCAGCUUCCAUCAGCUGCUGGGCUGAUGGGAAUUGUAUUCCAAAACAGCUGGAGGGGGCACCAGACUGACGAAGACUGCUUUUGCGUUAGGUGGGGAACAGGAUCAGGCUCAUUCUAUAUCCAGAGGAUCAUGAUUCCUAACAACUACGAGGAAAGGCUGGGAUGUGUCUUGCUGGAUUGAGUGGAGCCAGGAGGACUGAAAUUUGGUUGGAUCCCUCCCCCCGCCCACCUGCCAUGACCCUUCAUUUAAGGUCAGGCAAUGUUGCUUGGUAUUAGGGGAGAGUCUUUCUGGACUUGACUCACCCCCAACCCAGAUAUUGAGGCAGGGUGAUGGCAGGCGCAAAACCUCAUGCCGGUUCCCCAAGUAGCUUUGCAGUCUCAUGAAGUCCUAGACCCAUUGCGUUGGAAGGGACCCAAAGAGUAAUCUUGUCCAUUCCCCUGUAAUGAGGCCAGGUUGGAGCUUCACCAUUGCGUAAGGCUCAAAGAGGUGAGCCUACCUGGCCCAGCACCCCAAACCCAUCCCACCCAAGGCUUCCCCUUCCAUUGGAAACUGCUUUGUAGGGAAGGGAAAAGAAAGACAUGAGAUGACUUUUUGACUAACAUAAAUGAAUGAGGACAAGCAGGCUAUAGGGAACCUUGAUGGGCUCUGCCAGCCUGGCAACCCUCCCAACAUUUUGCACUACUUCACCCCAGACUCACAUGGCUGUACUGGUUGGGAGUUGUAGUCCAAAUCUAUGUAGGGCACCAGGUUGGGGAAGGCUGAACUAGUCAUUUUAGUGUAAGGUUACCAGACGUCCCCAUUUCCCAGAGACAGACCCCAGAUUUACAAAUCUGACAAAGUCCAUCUAAUAGGAAGUUGAAAAGUGUCCCCGGGUUCAUUGAAAAAAAUCUGGUAACUGUAUUUUAGUGGGUUUACGUCCACACAGCUGGACUGGGAAACGGGCAGGUUGCAAAGAGGUUCAGAUGGAUACUUUGGGAUAGACAGGGAGGGGGGCUGUGGCUUGACCUUUAGCAUGGGAAAUCCACCGCAGGGGUCUAAAGAACGUGCCUUUUUUCUUUUUUCCUGUCUCCCUAGAAGGCCAGAAAUGCUCACCUUUGGAUCAGAUUGAGAGCUCGGAUUCCUACGGAGACCUCUCGGACGCCAGCGACCUCAAGACCCCCGAAAAACAGAACGCCAACGGCUCCUUCUCCUCCUGCGACAUGGUGGUCGCCAAGAAUAAAUUGGAGUCGGAGGGGGAUAAGAAGUACCCUUGCCCCGAAUGCGGCAGCUUUUUCAGAUCCAAGUCCUAUCUUAACAAACACAUACAGAAAGUCCAUGUCCGCUCCCUGGGGGCCCCCUUAGGGGACUUGGGCCCUGCCCUGGGCUCCCCCUUUUCCCCACAACAGAACAUGUCUCUCCUGGAAUCGUUCGGGUUUCAGAUUGUCCAGUCCGCCUUUGCCUCCUCCUUGGUGGAUCCAGAGGUCGACCCACAGCAAAUGGGGCCAGAUGGAAAAUGAGGCCGGCUCCCACCUUGACAUAGCGGCUGUCUGCUUUGGGUGUCUUAAGAUGGCUGUGGGCAAUGUGUGGGAGCUGACAAAAAAAUCCAGUUUUGUAGUGGGGAGAUUUUUCUGUUUGAAUUCCUUUUAGGUCCUCCCUUCCCUUCUCCCCGAAAUCUUCCCCAGGGGGCAGAGAGUGUGUGCGUGUGGUGGGGGCCAGCUGCAGAGUUAUCACCUGCACGGCAACGAAUGGAGGGGCAGCCUUUGGGGGCUGCACCCCAUGGCAGGGCAAAACGGCGCCAAGCACCCAGAAGGUCUGUGGGCGACCCCAGCUUGGAACCCCGCGGAUGAAAACUUAAACACCCCAAAGGCUGGUUGGGGGAAUGUUAAGAAACCCUAGUUGAUCUGGCAGAGAAUUAGAUGUGUGUCUCUCCUAUCCUUUUAUUUUGGUCCUUCAUCCUUCUCUGCCUCAUGACCCUUUCCUAAGAUUCGCAUUGUUAGCAUCGUCGUCUGCUCAUAAAAGCACAUACCUGUGAGGUAUCUAGUAGGUAGAGGUACCAUUGUUCUUUAGGAAGAAAGGAAGAAGAAGAAAAAACCACCAGAAAACGCAACUUACGAAAGCUUUUAUUUUCUUUUUUUGAAGAAGUCAAGGAUGCUGUGCCAGAGGCAAGGGAGUUGAGGGAGGGUGCCCGCUGUCUGGCCCCACCAGAUUCAAACCAGUCCUUGGGUGCAACCAAGCAGCAAAGUUCUCCUGAAAGUGGUGGGUGGGUGUGGGGGAGGUCAGGCAGGUGAGGCCACCUAGGAGCAAAUCUCCCACUCAUUCCAUUGGGGCUCCUUCAGGAGAAUUUUAACUCAGUUUUAUGCUGCUUUUUUUUUUCUAACUCGCUCUCGAUAUUCUCUCUCUCUCUUUCUCUUAUUAUGAUUCUGAUUAUUACAUUUAUGAUUUUAGGACCUGUUGUAGUGAUUUGCUACUGAGAAGCCCUUCCGAGGGAAUUAUACAGAGAGCUCUUAAAGCAGCUGUCAUGUUAGGGUUAGUAUUAAUUUUUUUUUAGAUGUAUCAUAAUUAAUAAUAAACUUGGCUAGUUGAUUGUUUUUAAGUCUAUGGGAUAAUAUAGUUAUGCAAAACGGAAGAAAAGGGGAGGGGGAAGGUUUAAAAAAAAAAAGUAAAGGCGAGAGCCACACACUCGGUUGGCUGAUGCAUAAAGACCCCAAAAGAUGAAAUUGAUCGGCAAAAACGAUUAAUUUUUCUGUACUACCAACCUGUUUAGUGCAAAUGAAUUAUAGAGUUCAGAGUGAUUAAAAAAAAAGAAAAAACAAUUUGAUUGGACUGCAUUAAAGAAGUUAGAAUGGUUACUUUAUGCCCCUUC